UUAAAAGACAGCAAAGACAACACUCUCGAGGCUGGGACCUAGGUGGCUUUUCAGGAAAGAUGAAGCUCCUCUUGCUCCUGCUGACCUUCUCUCUGGCCCCCAGGACAAAGGCAGGGGAGAUCAUCGGGGGACGUGAAGCCAAGCCCCACUCUAGACCCUACAUGGCCUUUCUUCAGAUCAUGGAUCAGCAUUCUGUGACGAAGUGUGGCGGCGUCCUUAUACGAGAAGACUUUGUGCUGACUGCUGCUCACUGUUCAGGGAGCUCAAUAAAUGUCACGUUGGGAGCCCAUAACAUCAAAGAACAGGAGAAGACCCAGCAAGUCAUCCCUGUGGCAAAAUUCAUUCCCCACCCAGACUAUAAUUCUCAAAAAUACUCUAAUGACAUCAUGCUAUUAAAGCUGAAGAGAAAGGCCAAGAGGACUAAAGCUGUGAGGCCCCUCAACCUGCCCAGGCGCAAUGUCCAUGUGAAGCCAGGGGAUGUGUGUGCUGUGGCUGGUUGGGGAAGGAUGGCCCCAAAUGGCAAAUUCUCAAACACACUACAAGAGGUUGAGCUGACAGUACAGAAGGAUCAGGAAUGUGAGUCCUACUUAAAAACAUACUACAACAAUGCCAGUCAGAUAUGUGCGGGGGACCCAAAGACCAAACGUGCUUCAUUUAAGGGGGAUUCUGGAGGGCCUCUUGUGUGUAAAAAAGCAGCUGCAGGCAUCAUCUCCUAUGGAUAUAAAGAUGGUUCAACUCCACGGGCCUUCACCAGAGUCUCCAGUUUCCUAUCCUGGAUAAAGAAAACUAUGAAAAGCAGCUAACUACAAGAAAUAACGUGGAUCAUUUUCUGAGUAGCCA